UCUCCAUGGAUCAGGUUCGCUACCCCUGGCCUAUGGUCUCUUCCCGGUGCUAUCAGACGGUGCGCAUUGUAAUAUUAGAUUUCAAAGCUUCAAAGCUUCUCAUCUCAGAGCAGCAUAUCUGUGACUUCAUGUACCAUUGGAGAUUCCAGGCCACAUCUUUCUGAUGCCUUGUCUAGUUCAGUCAAUCAGACAAUUAUUCAACACCAAAUUGAAUUGCAGUGGUUUUGUAUUCUGUGAUGGGUUGGCACCCCGUCUUAGGUUAUGCCCUACCUUGAGCCAGCAACUUAUGGCAUAGGUUCUACCCCCCCACCCUAAAUAGGACAAGUUGCUAUAGAAAGUGGAUGGAUGGAUGGUUUUCUAUUUGACCUCUUGAGUAGCAUGAUAAUGCUUUGUUUUGUUUAAUUACUCUAGCCAUUGUCCUUAGAAAAGGAUUCCAUUUGCUAGGUGUGAAUUAACAUCGGCACUCAUUCAACAUGUUUACUUAGUAAUGAGAUUUUGGUGCUGCUUUUCGCAGCAGGCGUAGGUGUCAAGCAUCUACUUCAUUGGGUUUGUGAUCUGCGAUUGUAUCCGGAAGGUUGUGGGUUCAAAUCUCAUGGUCGUCAGAGUUAUCAUGUUGCUGUUGGGUCAUCUGCUGUAGGAGUGCUGGGCUUUCCCUGGUUUUACAUUGCUUUGGACAAAAGCAUCAAAUGAUGGCUUUGCUCAAAUGUCUGGCCUCUGGACUGCACACUCUUAACUCUAAGCCUCUCGUUGCCAUUGUGCCUCCUCUGGCAAGGUUACUCAUAAAAACAUCUGGGCUCUGAAAUGUGAAAUAUGUCCUUCCACUCCCAGUGCUGUUGCAUCUAAAGAAUAACAAACACCUAUAAAUGGGAUUCAUGUUUAUUGUCUUUUUCUAAAUGCCUUUGUCAUUCCUUUACAGAUGGGGGGUGUGUGUUUAUUUGGACAGAGGAUGCUUUGGGUAGGAUGUGCAGAGUCAUAAGGGUAGUUUUUUGUGUUGUGUAAUCAGAAAGUAUGGACAUGUGCAAGGAUGAUAUGUAGACAGGGCUGGUUACGCUUUCUAAAUUACAUUCAUACAUACACUUUAAAACAAUCUGCAUUUUAAAAUCCUGCUUUAAUCCUGGUUCUACUGACAGAAGGCUGUGCUGAGCAGCAGGUUGCUUCCAGGUUCAAAAUUUACAAGACUGCAGUACAGAAGAACAAUGUGAAACAGGAGACACUGGGAACGAGCAGAAACCAGCGAGGUAAAGGGCGGAAGAGAUAUUAUAAUGCUAGAGACGACCGUCAACUUAUCCAGUAGUGUCUCAUGAAUCGGAGGAUGACAUCAAGUGACCUUCUAAAGGAAUGGGAAACAUGAAGUGUAGGUGUGAAGUGCACUGCUAGGAGAGUUUGUGUCAGGCUAUUUGAAGCAGGACUGAAGAGCCAUAAAGGAAGGAAGGAGCCCUUCAUUAAUGAGAAACAGAAAAGAGCAGGGCUGCAGUGUGCAAUAUAUAUAAUCACAGAUGCACAUCCAUAAAUUGAGCGAAACGAAAAAUGUUGCAGUGGUCUCUUAAUUCCAGAGCUGUAUAUAUAGUAUAAUAGGUUUAUAAUGUCACCAGUUUAGACCGCUUAACAAAGCACUUGACUUUGAUCUGCUUCUGAUAUUCAGCAUUCUUGCGCCUUGACCUCCUGCCACUAUGUUAACAUUUCAAAGGCCUCGACUCCAGACUCAGUCGUCCUCUUUCAUCUGAUCCGACACCUUUGACAGCUGGCACAAGGAAAGCCACUGUGCUCAGCGUGUAAAAGGCACAGCAGUGAGGUAGAACAAUGCCUUUUGUUCCAACAGACCAAACCCUCCACCCUGGUUACAGUAGCAACCAUUGAUGAGCUCAUAAUGACUUAUGACUUGAGGAAAAACACAGAUGACAUCACUCUACCCUAUUCUGUUCUUUUUCCUCUUCCCUGUUUUCUUUUAAUCAUCUUCUCCAUCGCAUACUCAUGCCUGCCUGGAGCACUGGAGCAGCAUCUGGUGGCAUGUCAUUCACCCACUAUGCAUUUGCAAAGCCUGGUUGAAGAAUAAUUAUUUAGCACUGGAUACAAUAGCAUUCUUCAUCAAAGCAGGUGAGUCAGGGCAAUGUUCCGGGUAUUGAGACUGCCUCCUUGGCCAUGGACACAGAAGAGGGAGUGGAAGUGGUAUGGAAUGAAGUACAGUUUUCUGACAAGAAGGUCUUCAAGACACUGGAGGACAAAAUCAAGGAGAUGUUUGAGAACCUGAUGCAGGUGGACCACCCCAAUAUCGUCAAGUUCCACAAGUACUGGCUAGACAUGAGAGAAGGUCGAGCAAGGGUGAUCUUCAUCACAGAAUACAUGUCGUCUGGCAGCCUGAAGCAGUUUUUGAAAAAGACGAAGAAAAACCACAAAACUAUGAACGUGAAGGCAUGGAAACGAUGGUGCACUCAGAUCCUCUCAGCCCUUAGUUACCUGCAUUCCUGUGAUCCUCCCAUAAUCCAUGGCAACCUGACCUGUGACAACAUCUUUAUCCAACACAAUGGACUCAUUAAAAUUGGCUCAGUGUGGCACCGGCUGUUCGUCAAUGUCUUCCCAGAAGCGGUACACGGCAACGUGCAGCACCACCGGAAUGACAAGCGGACCAUGCACUUUUUUGCUCCGGAAUACGGCUUGACUGAAGAUGACCCUGCUAUUGACAUUUUUUCCUUCGGGAUAUGCGCCCUGGAGAUGGCUGUCUUGGAAAUCCAAGCCAAUGGAGACACUGUAGUUUCUAGUGAGGCCAUAGUACAUGCAGGACAGUCCCUUGAGGACCCACUCAUGAGGGAGUUCAUCCAGUCAUGUGUGCGCCCCGCGGCUAACUUGAGACCCACGGCGCACAACCUGCUCUUCCACCGUGUACUGUUUGAGGUCCACUCUCUCAAACUGCUGGCAGCCCAUUGUUUCAUCAACAACCAGUACCUUCUUCCUGAGAAUUGUGUGGAGGAGAAAACCAAGUCAAUUGACCCCAGUGGCAUCAUGGCUGAAAUUAAGCACCGUGGCCGUCCAGGAGUGCAGCUCAAAUACUCUCAUGUUUCCCCUCUGGAGCUGGACAAGUUCCUGGAGGACGUGAAGAAUGGGAUCUACCCCCUGAUGAAUUUCGCCUCUCAGAGACCCCACCUAGUUCCACGGGCUCUCUCACUAACCCAGGAGCACACGGAGACAGGAGUGAAGACCCCCACCCCUGAGCCACAGGAAAUGGAGACCCGAAAAGUUGUCCAGGUUCACUGUAAUCUGGAGUCCAUUGACGAAGGGACCAGAUCUCAUCUCUCGAUCUUCCUAAAGAUGGACGACAAGCUUCACCGACACAUUAGCUGUGAUGUCCAGCCCACUGACAGCCCGAAGGACCUGGCCAAUGAGCUUGUACACUAUGCGUUUAUCUGUGAGGAGGACUGUGAGAGGAUGACAGGAUUUCUACAGGACGCCUGGGCCAAGCACUGGUCCACAGAUCGGGGCUCCUCUGACCCGACAGCGGUAGCAAACUGAGCUGCGUGAGGAGCGUGUGUAAACCAUCUACAGAAGCUGUGUUGGAGUUGCUACGUUGCUCAGGGUUGAGGACAAGACGCUGUGAGAGACCCUGGGGAAGCACUGGUGGUGGAGGGAGUGGAUGGAGUCUUAGCCCAAGUCAAGCAUAGGCUUUACCAGAGAGGGAAGCCCUUUCAGAGCCUCCUUUUGUCAUUUGAAAUCCUUACUUCCAGUAAGUGAACUGAGGUUGCCGCAAGAUGGACAAGGUUUCCCUCCUUUUUUUGGACAAUAUUCUUUUUUAAUUGAGAUAUGUGGCCCAUUUUCUGUUUUUUCCUGAAGAACGUGUCACGAGUGAAAAGAUUAUAGCGGUGCUUGAGCACGUAUAAAUUUACGAGACACUCUUGUGCAAAGCUACAUGCGAGUGAGGAGCAGAGAGCAUGGUCAGCCAGCAUCCCUGGAGCAGGCGGGCUUAAGGGCCCCGAUUAAGGGCCCUGUGGUGACGUGAUCACUCUGCCAGGCAGGGGAUUUGAACCCACGACAUUCCUAAAUGGGGGUUGAGCCCAGACUUGUUAAACUACAGAUAGAGAAGUUUCACGUACAGAUUUUCUUUCCUAUUUUUCCAGAAGGUCCAUCUGAUUGUCUUAAUUUUUCAAUUACAAAUUGCAACAAACAGCAGGCGACCUAAAGUCACUGGUCGCACCUUAACCGGUAGUUAAGAAUGUAUAAUAUUCUGUCGCUCUUGCAGAUGCUUUCUCUACGUUUUAAGUUUAAGCAUCAAAAUAGGGAGCUGGCAUUUUUAUUUUUAUUAACUGAAUUAUCUAACUUAAGGCACAUGGACCCACCGAUGUUUGUAUUCUAAUAAUAAUAUGGAACAAUCUUAAUAUAUUCGUGCAUGAAUCAGCACGAAUAUGAUAUGAACAACAUGAAUCAUGAGGGCAGCACUGUGGGCCCACAGUCGUUCCUCCACUCUAUGUAUGGAGUUCACUUGUUAUCCCAUGUUCCCCUAUUGCGCGGGUUUCCUUCCACAGUCUAAAGACAUGCACUUAGGUUAAUUUGUGUCUCUAAAUUGCCCAUAGAGUAUGAUUUUGUGUGUAUGUGCCCUUUGAUAAACUGGCAUACCAUCCAGGGUGUAGCCCAGCCCCAGAAUCACCAGUUAGAGGGAUACACUGCACAGGGUGUCCCUUUUAGCACCCGAAAAGUUUUCGAAUUUUUCUUACACGAGAAUAUAAAUAGUCAUUACUUCCUACGAGGAUUUACUACAAGGCGCUGGAGAUUAUAUGCCACUAUAUAUUAUGCAUUUUACUAAAAGCGUCCUUGACUAUAGAAGCACUCUAUUCCUUUUGUUUAAUAGUAAACCUGAGCAUAAAAGCUAUGGAUAGCUUGAAUGGAUACUUCUGAGUGACACCAACAUUCCAGGACAAAAAAGGGCAUCACUACAGGUGAGGCAGGAUCCCAGAGGAUUCGGGAAUCAUCUUUACAAGCCUCAUAUAUAACGACAUAAACACAUGAAAAAAUACGAGAAAACAAGCUUUACGUUUUGAGAAAAGAACAUAAUCGCUGUUCAUAAGUUCGCAGAACUGGCAGCCAGCUUUGAAAAUAGGUGGUUGUAACAUGGUUAUGAACGAAAUAGCAGGACGGCUGCCUUUUUGAUUUUGUCCAAAGCACACUGAAUACUAAUAUUGUAGUCAGGGCUGAUGUAUGACAGCCUGAGAAUGACAGUGUCUAACAACAUUCAAUCAUCGCUCUUUUUGUGACCUACCAAUACACUGGGAGACAAAGCCUGUUGCUAACCAGACGCCGCACUGACAUUUCCAUCUGCAUGUUACUGGUUUGCUGUCUUAGCUCCCUGCACUACUGGCUGCCUUGGGUUUGCAUAAUCUGGCAAAUACUUCAGAUGGUGGCAUACUGUCAACUACAGAAACACGUGUUUAUAUUCUACCCACUCUUAAAAAUGCCUUAAACAUCUAAUAUGGUACAUACUUGAUAAAAAAACGGGAAUGCACAAGACAAGAAGAUCUAUACAUUUAUAUUGCCUGAUUACUGCUUGUCCUCAUGUAAGAUAUUGUACAAUGUCAGAGGUAUUUAUUAUUAUUAACAAUAAUAAUAAUAAAAGAUAACAUGAG